CCUACAGUACGUCCUGCGUCACCAGUUUACCGGGCUCUACCUGUCUGUAGCUCAUUCAUAAGAAAAAAGGGUAUAGUGUUGUCAGUGAGGUGAAUAGGUUCCUAGUAAACAUGGCGGGUUACCUAAAAGCUCUGACGGCCAUGUCGAGAAGUACAGCUGCUGUUCUGACGCAAAACCCCGCAGUGCUCUCACCGGCCGCCGUCUGCCAUCAUAGGCUGCAACAGAGGAACUAUGCCACAAAGCGCAUCAAGGUGGACAAGCCAGUGGUGGAGAUGGACGGAGAUGAGAUGACUCGAAUCAUAUGGGAGUUCAUCAAAGAGAGGCUCAUCCUGCCCAAUGUUGAUGUUGAGCUGAAGUACUUUGACCUGGGUCUGCCUUACCGUGACCAGACAGACGACCAGGUCACCAUCGACUCUGCUCUCGCGACUAAUAAAUACAAUGUGGCUGUCAAGUGUGCCACCAUCACCCCCGAUGAGGCCCGAGUUGAGGAGUUUAAGCUAAAGAAGAUGUGGAAGAGUCCUAAUGGAACCAUCAGGAACAUCUUGGGUGGCACCGUUUUCCGUGAGCCAAUCCUUUGUAAAAACAUCCCUCGUCUUGUUCCCGGUUGGACAAAAGCCAUGACAAUCGGCAGACAUGCUUUUGGCGAUCAGUACAAGGCCACAGACUUUGUUAUUGACCAGCCUGGCAAGUUCAAGAUUGUGUUUGCCCCAGCCGAUGGAAGCAAGCAGAAGGAGUGGGAGGUGUAUGACUUUAAGGCAGGGGGCUGUGGGUUGGGAAUGUACAACACUGACGAGUCCAUCAGUGGAUUUGCUCACAGCUGCUUUCAGUAUGCCAUCCGGAAAAGGUGGCCUCUGUACAUGAGCACCAAGAACACCAUCCUCAAGGCCUACGACGGGCGCUUCAAAGACAUUUUCCAGGACAUCUUCGAGAGGAUGUACAAACCAGAGUUUGACAAGCUGAAGAUCUGGUAUGAGCACCGUCUCAUUGACGACAUGGUGGCCCAGGUCCUGAAGUCUUCUGGAGGAUUUGUCUGGGCCUGCAAGAAUUACGAUGGAGAUGUGCAGUCAGACAUUCUGGCUCAGGGUUUUGGUUCUCUAGGUCUCAUGACGUCAGUGCUAGUGUGCCCUGACGGAAAGACUAUCGAGGCCGAGGCUGCCCAUGGCACCGUCACCAGGCACUACCGUGAACACCAGAGGGGAAAACCAACCAGUACCAACCCGAUAGCGAGCAUCUUUGCUUGGACCAAAGGACUGGAGCACAGAGGCAAACUGGACGGAAAUCCUGAUUUGAUGAAGUUUUCCCAGACGUUAGAAAAAGUCUGUGUGGCAACAGUGGAAAAUGGGGUGAUGACCAAGGACCUUGCAGGCUGCAUCCAUGGCUUGGCCAACUGCAAGUUGAAUGAACAUUAUGUCAACACAUCGGACUUCCUGGAUGCUAUCAAGACCAACUUGGACAAAGCUCUGGGCAAAUGAAGAGCAAUCAGAAGAGACACUUGCCAACGUAGAGAGACGAACCCCUCUUUUUUACCCUCAUUUGUAUGAAUCUUUGUAUCCAAUUUUGAAGGAACCAAGUUUGCUAUUUUUGGUGCCAUGUUUUUUAUUUGUACAGCUUACUGACACAUAACUGUGCUCAUGUUCCUCCUCUACCUUUUCUGUUGCGGUCCAGUUUUGUAUUGCACAAUUACGUGAUUGUACUGUAUACAUUAAUAUUAAUGCUUUUAACUUACAAUGGCCAUUUGAAGACAUUUCAGUCUUUCAGAUUUAAUUAGAUCACAUCUUCAGGUAACACUAUGUACAAACAAGGACCAUAACAUGGCAUGUUUUGCACUAUAAGUAUAAAUAUUAAAAAGAAAUAGUGAUAGUCACUUAAUAAAAUGCAGUGUAUGAAGAUGCCUUCUUCU